UUUGGCGUUGCUCAAGAUGUUUCUCAACACGAAUGCAGUUGAUAUGAACAUGUUUCUCAUGGCCGACGACGUGUACAACUUGGUUGAGAUCUUCAAUGAGGCAGCCAGCCUGGAGGCCAGGAUUAUCAAAGGCGUCGAGGCUAUGCUCGUCGUCUGUGACGUGGCGGUUUCCGUGCUGGUGCUCAUCACAUUGACUCUUAAUUUCUAUAAAAUAUUGCGUCGGAAUUUUGUGAAAAGUGGGAGCUCGGAUCCUCCACAAAAACAAGCGAUGGAUCGAGGCAGCAAAGAAAACUUCUGGGACCCCGAAGAGGAAGUCCAGGAUAUCCAGGACCAGACAGUACGGAUACCCAGAAACAGUGAAUCGGAGAGCAAGAGCACUGAUGACGAGGUCACCGUGAUGUCACCGGAAGAGGAAAACUACUCCGCCAAUAUGAUCGGAACGCCAGAGUGGGCUGCCAAGUAUUUGGCCACCGGCGGACCGGGACACAGCCAGCUUCAACCAAGGUGCAUUUAGCAGAUACCUCCCCGUAUCCCUCAAUUUAUUGAGGCCCCAUGAUAGGCUUACGGCUGUGAUGCAAUUCGGAUGCUCAAAACGAAUUUAAUCCCAUAUCUUACCAAUCGAAUUAUCCCAAAUAAUAGGAAAUAAAUAAUAAUAAUGGGUAAA